UUCCCAUUUGUGAAGACGAUUUAAUAGAAAGGUUAAUUCAUCAGGGCCUAAAAAUUGGACAUUCAGUGUACAGUGGACAACGACGAAAGAGAAGCAGCUACAGACAGCUUGAUGAUCUACCAAACAUGGAUAUUCCUAUAUCCUCACUUGCCAUACAUAUUGGGGAGACACACUCCAGUUAUGCCUUGGCUUUCUUCCACGAUUUAGAAAAAAGUGAAUUAUAUGGGGCGUCAUGUAAGCGAUGGCCAUAUAGCAAGUUCCGUCUUGAAACGUCGACUGCUCUUCUGUUGAAACCAAACAAGAGUUUCGACUCCUUUGGUGGCGAGGCUGACAGACAUUAUGCUGAUAUGGCAGAGGAAGGGGAGGACCAAAGUAAUUAUUACUACGUCCGGAACUUACACCAUGUUGAGAAAUUCAACAAAAAUACAAAACUUAAAGAUGAGACUGGCAAAAUGAUCAAUGUGUUUGAUAUCUUUGUUCAUAUAAUACGAUUCCUCGUGGGAGAUUUUGCAAAGACUGUAAAGGAUUUAAUACCAGAUAAACGUAUCUACGUAAUCUGUAUUCCUGCGAGAUGGGGCUACAGCGCCAAACAGUUAGUAAGAGAGGCCGCAGAAAUGGCUGGUAUACCUAGGGAUGAACUAAAGGUGGUCUUUGAACCUGUUGUGGCCAAAUUUGGCUUCCAUAAGGACAAAGACAUCGACAAGAAAUCAUUUUACGAAGCGGCAAAAUCUGGAGCUGAAUACGUUAUCCUGGACUUGGGAGUUAGAGCCGCCGAUAUAUCUUGCCAUCAGCAUGGAGGAUUUAUUAGACAUCUGCUCCCGUCCAAAGGAAGCGCACUUGGGGGUGAUACUGUUACUGAGGAAUACGUGAAAUUCCUGGGAAAGAUUUUUGGGGAGAAAUAUUUGGUACGGCUGAAAGAGGAAUACACAGAAGAAUAUCUCGACAUACUACAUGGUUUCCUAGCAAGAACCCGUCACAUUUCAGGAGAAAUGAACAAAUUCAUUGGUUUACAUACACAAUUGCUGUUGACUUGUUUUGGCAGAAAGAAAGAUGAUGUUGACCUGAGCCGUUUCGAUGGCAGCGUACACAUAAAUACUUCUUACAGACUUAGAAUCAGUAUGGCACAGUGUCAACGUCUAUUUGAAAAAUAUAUCACAGCUAUUGAAAGAAGUAUUGAGCGGAUCAUACAAGAUGAACGGUUCGAAGAUUUUGAAUACUUAUUGAUGAUAGGUGAGUUCUCGGAAUUUGAACUUGUUACAAGGGCUAUACGGAAGACGUUUCCUCAAAAGAAAAUCAUCGUUUCACGCGAUGCAGGACUUUCUGUCCUCAAAGGGGCGGUAUACUUCGGUUUUCUCUCGGAAACAAACACACAAGGUGUACAAUAUACUUACGGUAUUCAGCACUGGCCAGAAUUUAACAAAUCCAAACACCCGUUGGACAGGCUAGUGGUUAUAGACGGGGUCACACGAUGCAAAGAUGUAUUUUCCAAAUUCAUUGAGAAGGGGCAGACUAUUCCAGAGAACCAAAGAGUGUCCUGUGUGUGGACACCAUUUUCGAACAGCAGUUACCAUACUAUAGACUGUACCGUGUAUAUUUCAUCCCAAACUGACCCCAUGUUUACCGACGACGAUGGCUGCGCUGUACUAGGUGUCCUACACACACCCUUCACUGUCGAUAUGAAGAAGGAAGCUUUGAAGAUCGAGCAAACUCUUAUCUUCGGAAGAACGUGCAUCACUUUACAGGCAAAGAACAUGGCGACUGGACAGAUCUGUGAAACACAGAUUGAAUAUAUGUAGGAGCUCUACUGUAGAGUAUUGAUCGGGAUGCUUACAGGAAAACAAACAGUGACGAAAACAAAGGCAACCAUUUCUCAUUCGACUAGCGUCGAUUGCCGCCUGUGUGCUACUAUUUGUGAGAUAUUUAACAAAUCAUCAAAUGUACUUUGUACAAAUUGUCUUCGUGACAGUAUAUUUACAAUGAUAAGGUGAUAUCAUAUUAUUUCUACUGUUUUCUAUCGGAUAACUAUCAUGAUAUAGCAAGUAUAUUUAGCUAACAACAUUGUACAGACUUUCAUAAAACAUACCUAACAUAUUACUGUCAACAUAAUAAUUGGAAAUUUUGCAAUAAUUCUUAACUGGCCGUAUGAGCGAUUCGAGCUAUCUGCUCACUGGGGUAAUUAUCGAAUUCAUAUUAAUUAGCAAAUGUAAAUUUCAGUUGUUGGUUGAUAAAAAUGCUGGUUGAUUAGGUGUUUCUAAAAUGGAUGAAUUACGAAUAACUUCCUCUUCAUAUUAUUUUAUCUUACAUAUCUUACACGCUGUUUAAACAUGACACGCAAUAACUUACUGGAAUAUUAAAAGUUGAUGUACUAGUGUAUUAGUUUACUUUUGAUUAUGUGGAGUUUAAAUAUGUACAGACUUCACAAAUCAGACUCUCUCAUUGCAUGUCCAAGUGUUACUUGCACUCAUUUAUUUUUAUUAGUAAUUGCUGCAUGAGAAUGAAGUUAUUUUGCAUUUAACAUUAUACUAUGACAUUAGUAUAUAUCAUCACGACGUAAAUCUGAUUAACUUUUUAACUAUGUAAGCUUGGAUGUAUGACGUCAUAAGUUUAUAACGAUGAAGGUAAAAAAAGUAUGACUUGUAUGUCAUACUCUUCCCAGAGAUGGCCGAUUUUGACCAUAGCUGAGGGUUGUUUUUUAUAUGUUAGCAAAAUCCUCGAAGACAGAGAAUAAAAAUUGAACUUUCUGUUCAGUGGUAUGUUUAUUAAAAAGAAUUAAUUCAUUGCUCGUAGAUUCAUUAUGAAACGAAACUUUGACAAUAUUUGAAUUUAAUUUUGUCUCAUUUGAUUUAUCUUUAUAAUCUUGUUGCUUUUAUCUUUUGUUAUUCUUAACGAAAAAAAAACAUGACAUUAUUUCUGUAUAUAUUUUUUUAUGUAUGUAAGGAAAUCCAAACGUGGAGUGAUGGAAUAGAAUCAUUGUAUUAUUCAGAAUUUAGUUAAGAUUGCUGGCUUGUGUUUGUGUUUUUGGUUAAGUCUUUUUUGAUAAUGUACAUAAUAAUGACUUCUCUGUGAUGAAAGAUAUUCUGAAUAAUAUCUAGCAAUAUAAGAUAUAUAAUAUCUUAACUGAGUGUUCAUUUAAUGACAACUGAUGAAAAUAGUCUCAGGAGUUUUUAUUUUUGCGGGACUUUUCCAGCAAACAAUAAAUCUUCGAGACCAGUUUCCAAAAAUCUUAUUUUACAAAGCAAAUUAACAUAAUUUUGAAAUACUUUUUUUGCAAAAUUACUCAGAAAAUCAAUACUUUGACAGAUUUUAAAGUCAAAAUGUGAUGGAAAAUAUCAAGCAGAGUAGCCGUGUUUUUCUGCCAACUUCAGUUCUUGUUCGAUUUUAGACUGGCACAGCCAAUGGAAAUUGCUUCUGGGUAUAUUACACUAGUGACACAUGUAAAACUAUUACAUGGGCAAAGUCAUUGGAUAAUAUAUCGAUUAUGUGAUAAAUUGUAAUAAUCAACAUCCAUAUUGUAUGAUAUACUUGCAAUAAAAUUACCUUAUAGAUU